AUGACCUUUAGUAAUGAGAAAACCCCAUACCGUAUAGCCGAUUGUAACUGCAGAAAUUCAACAACUGAUCAUAAAUACAGUGGUCAGAAAAGUGUAACCAGAACAGGAAAUGAAUGCAUUCAUUGGAGAAAUGCUCCUGCAAACACCACACAAGAAGAAAAUUACUGUAGAACACCUGCAGGAGAUUCUUACAAUGGUGAUGGUCCUUGGUGUUAUACUGAUGGCACUGGAAGCCGUGAAACAUGUAAUGUACCCGUAUGUGGUGGUGCACAAUGUCCAGAGCUUUCCAUGAUACCAAAUUUAAUUUCAAAAGAAGGAAGAACUAUAUUCCAAUACGGCGAAAAGGCUGCACUCACAUGCAAAGCUGGAUAUAGAUUGCAAAAACCGACGGGCCUGACGUGUUUGCAGUCGGGGAAUUGGAGUGAUAAGUUACCUUAUUGUGAAGAGGUAACAUGUUACAACAAGUACAACCGUGGUCAAAACUAUGUUGGUAAUGUCAGUAAAACUUCAACUGGGCAAACGUGUUUGAACUGGAAGGAAGUUAAUUCUCCUCAUGUAAAACUCCAUGAAAACCAUACAUACUGUCGUAAUCCACAACCAGAGAAUAUAGACAAACCCUUUUGUUAUACAGGAGCGGGAUUUGCAUAUAGCGAGUGCAUCAUCACAGUCUGUGAUUGCAGAAAUUCAUCUUCUGAUUCUAACUACGACGGAGAAAUAAACAUCACAAGAAAUGGACAUACCUGUAUAUAUUGGAAUAAAGCCAUUAAUUAUGGGUCUCAACAGGAGAACUACUGCAGGACACCGUCAAGAGAUUCAUAUAAUGUUAAUGGACCUUGGUGUUAUGUUGACACGAAAGGAGGACGUGAUAGUUGUAAUGUACCUAUAUGUGAAAGUGCAGCAUGUCCAGAUCUAUCGCAUCGCGUCAAUUUACAAACACAGGACAACAAAGAUUCAUAUAGGUACGGGGAAACUGUGAACCUUUCAUGCAAAACUGGAUACAAAUUGAAUGGUUCAGAAUACCUAUCAUGCCAAGAGUUUGGAAAUUGGAAUACUACAAUACCUACAUGUGAAGUUGUUACAUGCUAUGGUUUCUCAAUAAGACCCAAUCUAAAGUGGCACCCAAGAAGUUUAUCAUACAAAUAUAAUGCAAAUGUCAAGUUCUCAUGUGAUAAAGGAUAUGAAUUGUCUUCAUCUACAAAUAUUACAUCAAAUAUUACAUGUCAGUCUGAUGGAACAUGGAGUGACAUUCAACCAAAUUGUACAGGUGUGUUGUGCAGUUCCAUUCCUCACAUUGAAUUUAUGCUACCCAAAAACUCUAAGCAAUACAUAUUCCCAUCAUCUUUAAACAUUUCAUGUCACGAGGGGUACCAGAUAAAAGGCCCUACAAUGCUUCAAUGUCAAACAAAUGGAAAUUGGAGUUCUCCACCAAUAUGCACAGAAAUUUUUCAGCACCCAAAUACAUCUCCAUUAACAGCAGUAGUUGGUGGACUAGGAGCUUUACUUGUUUUAGUAUUGAUAAUUGUUGUAGUAGUAUUUAUCAGGCGGAGAUCCACGAAUGGUAAACAAAAAACUGUCAAACGUAAACAGUCGUCAAAAGACAUUAACAAUCCUGAACUUUACGCACAAGUCACCACGACAGGCGCUACAGACAAACCAAGUCUUUCCAAUCCAAUUACAACAAAUGGCGCAACAUAUGACAACCAGAAUGAGGAGAAUAGAGAAUAUUAUAGUUUUGCUGGAGACUCAAAAGGUUCUGAAACUGCUAUCUCAAUAAAUGAUUUCUAUGACUAUGUUGAAAAAGGACGAGGAACAAAGGGACCAAUUGAAAAGGAAUUUGAGAAACUGAAAAAGCAACACCUUAAGGAAACAAAAACAGCAUCAUUGACUGAAAAUAUAAGCAAAAACAAAUACAAAAAUGUAUUUCCGUAUGAUGAAACUCGUGUUAUACUUGCCCUACAGCCAGGAAAAGCCGCAUCUGACUAUAUUAAUGCAUCAUUUAUAAAUGGAUAUGGUCAAGUUAAAAAAUACAUCGCCGCCCAAGGACCAUUGGAACCUACUAUUAAUGAUUUUUGGAGGAUGAUCUUGCAAUAUGAUUGUGGCAAAAUUAUUAUGUUAACAAACGUGUUUGAACUAGGCAAGCAAAAAUGUAAGCAGUAUUGGCCUGAUCCCGAAACUAAAACAAAAAAAUAUGGAUCAAUUGAAAUUGUUUUAAAAGAUGAAGAUGUCUACUCAGAUUUUACUAUUAGAACACUGAAGAUAAUGAAGGAAAACCAAAACAAAACAGUGAAACAAUUUCAUUUUACUGCUUGGCCUGAUAAAGAUGUCCCAAAAUAUGCAUCAUCAAUAGUUCACUUCCGACAUAAGGUGUUCUCGUCCAAGGUGUCAUCAAAAGGACCGAUCGUUAUUCACUGCAGUGCUGGUAUUGGACGAACGGGUACCUUUAUUGCCAUGGAUUAUAUUGUGAAUGAGGCGAAUGAAUUGAAGUCUAUAGACGUGUUUAAAUGUGUAGAAACUCUUAGGAGACAAAGGGUCAACAUGGUGCAAACUGCUCGUCAGUACGUGUUUCUCCAUGAAGCAAUCUUAGAAGCUGUGAUGUGUCCUAAUUCUGGAACUCCUUCGAAAGAUUUUCCAGAUGUAUAUAAAAAGUUAAUGCUGCAGGAUUCAAGUAGAAAUACAACAUACCUCCAAGUAGAGUAUCAGCGUAUGAAUGCAAUGUGCGAAAAACAUGAAGACAGUGUAUUUGAUAAAGGUAAAAUUCCCGAAAAUAGGACCAAGAAUAGAGACAGUACUAUACUUCCAGUUGAAUAUGAGAUGCCAAUCCUGUCAACAUUUGUGGAAGGACACAAUGAAUAUAUCAAUGCCGUAUUUAUACCUGGCUACAAAAAUAAGAAAGCAUUCAUUGUAACACAGCUGCCUCUUGAGCACACGAGAAUAGAUCUUUGGAGGCUGGUUUAUGACCACAACAUACAAACCAUUGUUAUGCUCAACCAAGUUAAAGACGAUACGGAAGCGUAUUGGCCUGAAGAUCAAGAGACACCAAUCCAAAUUGGAGCUUUUAAAAUAGAACUUACAGCAAUGGAAUCAAAGCCUUUUUGUAACUGUUUACAUAUUACCUUUAAGUAUAAAACCUGGGAUGAAAGGUCGUUGGUGAUGUAUCAAGCAAAGUUUUGGGAUGACAAUGCUGUAGUUCCAGAUUCAAAAGAGGAUUUGUUUAAUUUAUUGUUUGAAGUGGAGAAUAAAUCUAAUAACGCUGACGAUAGUCCGAUCCUUGUUCACUGUCUAAAUGGUUGUGACAAAAGUGGACUAUACUGUGUUUUGUCAACAGUGCUAGAACGACUGAGAAUAGAACAAGAUAUCGAUAUUCAGCACAUCAUUAAACAAGCAAGGAAUAAAAGACCAGAGAUUAUCUUAAACUAUGAACAGUUCCGGUUUAUUUACGAUGCUGUAUUUGAUUAAUUGAAACAGUUUGAACUGUAUUCAAAUUUCCAGUAACAAUCGAACAAUUCUUCAAAAGAUAAAAUCUUUCAUUAUGUAUGCCUUUUACUUUAAACAAACUAUAUUCCAUUC